UUUCAUCGAUAAAUGAGGCUCUUUCUCUUCUUUUCUUUUUAAAUUUGUAGGUCCACGGAAAGUUGUGUGGAAAUUAAUUUUCUUUACUGUUACAUAACUCUUACAAUUUCCAAAAUGAAAACCCUAAAACAAAACUAAACCCCCUCGCAAGCUGAAAACUUUCGUUCCCGGCAGUGGCAGUAGCAGUAGCACGAUGGCGGAGCUAAAGGUUUCGGAAAGCCGCGACCUGACCCGAAUAGAGCGAAUAGGCGCACACUCCCACAUUCGUGGGCUGGGCCUGGACUCCUCUCUGGAGCCUCGCGCCGUCUCCGAAGGCAUGGUGGGCCAGACGGCGGCUCGCAAAGCCGCCGGCGUCAUUCUCCAGAUGAUCAAGGACGGAAAAAUCGCCGGCCGCGCCGUCCUCCUCGCGGGCCAGCCUGGCACCGGCAAGACCGCCAUUGCUAUGGGCAUGGCCAAGUCCCUCGGCCUCGAAACUCCCUUCGCUAUGAUCGCGGGCAGCGAGCUUUUCUCCCUCGAGAUGUCGAAAACCGAAGCUCUGAUGCAAGCUUUUCGCAAGGCCAUUGGGGUGCGUAUCAAGGAAGAGACGGAGGUGAUUGAAGGUGAGGUUGUGGAGGUCCAAAUCGAUCGGCCGGCGGUGGCCGGUGCCGCGUCGAAGACGGGGAGGUUGACGUUGAAGACGACGGAGAUGGAGACGGUGUAUGACUUGGGAGCGAAGAUGAUUGAAGCUCUGGGGAAGGAGAAGGUGAGCAGUGGUGAUGUGAUUGCGAUAGACAAGGCUUCUGGGAAGAUCACGAAGCUUGGGAGGUCGUUUUCGAGGUCGAGGGAUUUCGAUGCCAUGGGACCUCAGGUCAAGUUCGUGCAAUGCCCUGAUGGGGAGUUGCAGAAGCGGAAGGAGGUGGUGCAUUGCGUCACCCUUCACGAGAUUGAUGUUAUUAAUAGCAGAACACAGGGAUUUUUGGCUCUUUUCACUGGUGAUACAGGUGAAAUUCGUGCAGAAGUCAGAGAACAAAUUGAUACCAAAGUAGCAGAGUGGAGAGAGGAAGGAAAGGCAGAGAUUGUGCCAGGUGUCCUUUUCAUUGAUGAGGUGCACAUGCUUGACAUUGAGUGUUUUUCCUUCCUUAACCGGGCUCUGGAGAAUGAGAUGGCCCCUAUAUUAGUUGUUGCUACCAACAGAGGCAUUACAACUAUUAGAGGCACCAAUUACAAAUCCCCUCAUGGGAUUCCCAUUGAUCUACUUGAUCGCUUGCUUAUCAUCUCUACUCAACCUUAUACAGAGGAUGAGAUUCGCAAGAUUCUGGAUAUAAGAUGCCAAGAGGAAGAUGUAGAAAUGUCUGAAGGUGCGAAGCAUUUGUUAACCAAAAUAGGUGUAGAAACAUCAUUGAGGUAUGCUAUCCAUCUCAUCACAGCAGCUGCACUUGCAUGCCAAAAGAGGAAAGGGAAAAUAGUGGAGUUGGAGGAUAUUAAUCGGGUUUACCAUCUAUUUUUGGAUGUCAAAAGAUCAACACAGUACUUGAUGGAAUAUCAAAAUCAGUACAUGUUCAAUGAGGCAGGAGAAGGUGAUGAAGAUGAUAUCAAUGUUCAAUGAGGCAGUUUUUAUUUAUUUAAGUUGCAGUAUUUUUUUCCAUGAUCUGGUGGAACAAUGCACUUGAUUUGUGCUUGAUGUGGAGCUCUAGCAGUUUACCCUGCUUGAACUGAAAUAUCUACACCCUGGAUAAUGUAGCUGCACUCAGUGCACUGUAUGUGUUAUUACUGAAAAUCUCCCCUUCUACUCUCUAAUCAUUUGACCUGAUUGAAUGAUUAUGAAGAAAUCGACAUUGCGUGGAAA